AUAAAACAAAGCAACCCUUCAGAGAGGAGUGAGGGAGCCUUGUGGCACUGUUAGAAGAAACCGGCCGCUGAGCGCAGUCAGAAUCCUCUCAUCUAGGAGUACGGAGGUGGAAUGAAGCUGUUUCCAGCUGUUGCUGUCUUCCUUCUGCAAGUCCUUCGGGCCUGCUCAGACUCUGCACCGGGCCGUGCUGUGACUGGGUUGGUUCGAGGUCAAGCAUUAUUACCCUGUAUUUACGAGGUGAUGGGGCCUGUCUCUCUCACGUCAGCCCGAAUUUAUUGGCAGUUUUCUCCCGAAAAGGUUGCCUAUGUCUUUUCCAAUGGGAAGCCUGAAGAACAAUACGUGGAAAGUUAUUACAGAGGAAGAACUACAGUCCCCAAGACUGAGUUAGUCAGAGGAAACCUCUCCCUGCAACUGAGCAACCUCACUGUGAAAGAUGAUGUGGAAUAUCACUGCUAUUUCUUCCUCAACGACAAGAAGGUUCAUGCAUGUCACCUGCGACUGUAUAUAGCUGCUCCCUACCAGCCUCCUGUGUUAUCGGCUUCACAAGGAGAAUCUCUGGGUGCGGGUCUGGCCGUGAAUUUGAGCUGCCAUUCCUUUGGAGGCUUCCCGGCUCCAGUUGUGAACUGGACGGAUGAUGCUGGGAGACCUCUGGGCCGAGAUGCUGAGGUGAACACCUCAGUGGAACAGGAUCCUGUCUCUGGCCUGUACAAUGUCACCAGCAGCCUCAGGAUCGUUGCUGCUGUGGGAACGUCAGUCCGCUGUUCUGUCUUUAACAGCAGGAUUCAGCAGCGCCUGGAUUCCAUUGUUUGGGCAUAUGCCUCCAGCAACACCAGCUUGCCUUUUAGAACUGCUAACCCUCACUACCUCAUCGCUCUCUAUGUGACAGUUGCUGUCAUAGCCUGUGUGUGCCUUCUGAUUGCAAUCGUCUGGAUAUGGAACAAAAAAUUCAGAGGUGUGCGCUCUGCAGCCCGGCAGAACCACAUCGAGGUUGAUCGCUCUGCAACAGCUGAGGAAACUUUGGAAUGGACACUGGGAGAUCAAAACACCUUUGUUGGGAAUUACGGGCUGGAACAGCAAAUGAUGCUCCCCAACCCCCUCACUCCCCAAAAUCUGGAUCAGUAGCUGGACCAGGCAAGGAAGGAGACCCUCACAUCCAACUCCUGGGAGCUGCGGAAGAGCCAAAAGCCACAGAAUUGCUCGGAUCAGGCCUGGAGCAUUGGGAAGUAAGGAACAGAUGGAGGGAUAGCGAAGGAAGCGAGGCAUAAAUGACGCUGCAUUUGUCUAGCCCCUUUCCCUACCUCCUCACAGCCCACAGCCCAGCUAAUAUAUUUCCGAGUGAGCCUACCACGCAGAUGAAGAGAACGAUUCGGGGAGUGGGGUCGAUUUGUACACAGCAAGAUCCCACGUUGAAGCAAUGUUAACAGGAUUCCGAGCACCUGCCUCUUGUGAAAUGACAUUAUUUAUUCAGAUGAAAUGAUGUGACAUCAGUUGAACGAGAGAACCUGCCUUUCCACGUCGUGGCAGUGGGAUCAUUCACAUCCCUGGAAGAGGAAGGUACCAUCAACGCUGGCCCUACGACAGUGCCCAAUCCCUCAGCACUGACCCUCGACAGUGCCUGCUCCCUCAGCACUGACCCUCGACAGUGCCCACUCCCUCAGCACUGACACUCCAACAGUGCCCAAUCCCUCAGCACUGACCCUCCGAAAGUGCAGCACUCCCUCAGCACUGACCCUUGACAGUGCCUGCUCCCUCAGCACUGACCCUCCGACAGUGCCCACUCCCUCAGCACUGACCCUCGACAGUGCCCACUCCCUCAGCACUGACACUCCAACAGUGCCCAAUCCCUCAGCACUGACCCUCCGAAAGUGCAGCACUCCCUCAGCACUGACCCUCGACAGUGCCUGCUCCCUCAGCACUGACCCUCCGACAGUGCCCACUCCCUCAGCACUGACCCUCCGACAGUGCCUGCUCCCUCAGCACUGACCCUCCGACAGUGCCUACUCCUUCAGCACUGACCCUCCGUCAGUACCCACUCCCUCAGCACUGACCCUCCGACAGUGCAGCGCUCCCUCAGCACUGACCCUCCGACAGUGCCCGUUCCCUCAGCACUGACCCUCCGACAGUGCGGCGCUCCCUCAGCACUGAUCCUCCGCCCGUGCCCGCACCUUCAGCACUGACCCUCUGACAGUGUCCGCUUCCUCAGCACUGACCCUCGGACAGUGCGGCGCUCCCUCAGCACUGACACUCGGACAGUGCGGCGCUCCCUCAGCACUGACCCUCGGACACUGUGGCGCUGCCUCAGCACUGACCCUCUGACAGUGCCCGCUCCCUCAGCACUGACCCUCCGACAGUGCCUGCUCCCUCAGCACUGACCCUCCUACAGUGACAGUGUAAGCAGGUUGAUGUCCAGUGACCUCUGAGAGACACUUUACCCGUUUGACCACCACUCCAGAACGCUGGGGAUUUCCAUCGAGGAUGUGAAACUAACAUUUGGAGUCAGGUUAGGACCUGAGAUGGAAUUGCUGAUGUAUUUGUUGUUUGCGACUGUCGAUGAUGGGAGCUGAUGUCACCCGAGAACUGACCUACCAGUCUGUGAAUUAAAUGUACUUUUUGUAAAUAAUAUUUGUAUGUUUGUAAGUGACAGUUGUAUGUUUAAAAGUAAUAUUGGUACAGGUUUUGUGAAUAAUAUUUGUGCAGGUUUUGUA